AUGUAUUCAAUUCAAGGUCGAAGGGAAAAACUGAUGACAGCUGGCUUAUUCGCUUUGAUUGUCAUAGCCUUUCCAUUAUUGUAUUAUACUGAUUUAGUUGAAAGUUUGAAAUCGAUUCCAUUCCAGGUUUACAUCGAGGGUGCUGGAUCGAGAGCGGAAUCAGUAGCAGAAUCUCCGCCAACUACAACCACAGAGGAAACGACGACGACACCAACAACAACGACCACGGCAACGUCAACAACGACUCCCUUCGAGGUCGUUGUUGAUAUGAAUGAACAAACACCAGCUUACAAAUUAGCUACACGCAAUGGUACGAAACCGUUCACUGAUGAUGCGCGAGUAACAAUUUUCGAAGUUCUGAAUCUCUACGAUAAGUGUCGACAAGAUUCUUCGACCAUUGUGGUUGAUGUUGGCGCAAAUUUAGGAGAUUUUGGUCUUUAUACUGCUGCAUGUGGUUGUACGGUUUAUAUGUUCGAAGUUGAACCGAUUUUCGUUGCGCUUAUCCGAAUUUCCGUUCAGAUAAAUGCCUUUUCUCCAUCAUUGAUUCAUCUGUAUCAUAACAUAGUUAGCGACGAACCGUCGAAAAGUACAGUUGAGUUAAAAUCAGCAGUCGACGUGACAGCAAACGCAGAAAUCCCCAUCGAAGUUGCAUCAAUUCAGCUAGACGAUAUUUCAUGGCCAUCAUCGAUCUUUUUACUAAAAAUCGACUUCGAUGAUGGCGAAAUAGAUGCACUUCAAUCAGCCCAACAACUCUUUCAUGACAAACAUAUUCAAAAUCUAAUACUUUACUACAAUUCAGUCAUCAAUGAUCAAACGACGAAACAAAAUAUAGUGAAACAUGUUAAAAAUGACCUGAAGCCAAGAUUUGUCUAUAUAUUUCAUUCGAAUGGCAAACAAUUGUAUGGUCCAUUGAAUCAUGUACAUUUAGAAGAGUUACCAGCAUUAGAAGAUAAGGAACAGCCUGUCAUCGGUCUCUUUGCUGUUUUUGAUCGACAGAUAAGAAGAAAAUCGAUUAAAGCAGAACGAUACGAUUCAAAACUCUUUUUUGCUUAA